AUGAGCGUCGUCAGUAGUAAGGUUGAGGAGAUUGAGGCAACGCCCAGCACUGAUUUUCAAGUCGGCCUUGAAACAGAUUCGGAUCUCGACUCGAAUCUCGACUUCGAUUUAACCUUGGAAAAGGGUGGCGAAAAAGGAGGGUUCCAUAUCUAUAACCUACCAGACGCAAAGUAUCAACGGCCGAAUAUCAGCGAGCAACGGGGACCAGUUGACAUUCGCUGCAAAUCUAGAGAAGUGAUUCAUGGUUCAUGGGCGAUUCUUCAUCGUUUGCCACGCUCUUAGUCUAUGAUUUUCAUUUCAACGCCCAACGCUUCCGUCGCAUCGCUUCAGCAAACAUCACCUUUGACUUUUCCAGCUCCAAAUCAAACACCUCUCCUCCGGAAGUUGCUGCCAUCUCUCCCUUCGGGCGGUAUGCAUUCUUGGAAUCCAGCCAGGAAGAGAGCUACACGAAUACGAAAGAAGUGAAGGCAGAUGGAGGUCAAUUUGGCGUCAAUCUAGGAUCAUCAAAUUCGUGGUCCAAGUCCGUGAAUCGGACCUCAACAGACAAUAUCAGUCUUGUAGGCGAUACAGUUUGCGACAAGUACGGAAGAGACAUCUCUGUCAACUUUACUCUUAACGAAAAUAGCCAGGUUCUAAAAGGAAUCCCUUCUUUUCUACGGGUAGCUAUUCUUUUGAGGCGGAAGCAGAACAACCUUUUCCAGUGUAACUUUAAGAUCAAGAUCGAAGCAGACUGGAAGACUGAAAUCAAGCACUUCUUUGCGUCAAAGCGCACUCAGGACGAUCCUAUUCUAUUCGAUCCUGAAUUGCCUCCUACCAACAAGUUACGAAGCGAUUAUGAUCUUGAAACUUGGGAUCUGUUGUGA